AUGAGCUCCAACUCAUCGCGAAUGUAUCCGCCCGCGCCAAACUACGAGGAAGAGCCACCGGCAUACGGCAACUAUGGAGAGACAGCAUCCUUCCUCGCAGAUCACGACUCAUCACCCCGUCAUCAGGGGGUCACCAUGCGCCUGCUACCCAAUAGUACCGAUCUGGAUGACGAUCUAAGUGUCGAUGUGGGAAGUGGUGCAGGUCAUCAGUAUGGAAAUGAGUACUCUGAUGAUGGCCCCUAUAAUGCUGGAGAGUCUCCAUCGCGACCUGCCUCGAGUCUACGAAAUGUGCCAACGAUCCCUCCACCAGCCGCUUCCGUGGUCGAUGUGCCGCAGUAUUCAUCGCGUCCUGCUUCUCCCCUCAGACCCUGGUCGCCACAGCGCGCGCCGGACUGGACAAGGCCGCCUGCUCCACCGUCCGUCGCCGGCUCGCAGUACGAACGCGCAGAUCUAAAUGGUAGUCCAAGGCCUGGUACACCCAGCUCCAGAUACGGCGGGAGCCCUAGACGUCCCUUGCCACCUGCUCCAUUGUUUGCUGGCCCUGGAGCACCAACCGGGCAAGACACAAGCAUUGAUAUCGGAGAUGGCAAUGAUCCUGAUGAUCCUUUUGGAGGAGGAGGAAGGACGAUCAACCGACAUGAGCACCGUGGAAGCAUUCGAUCGUUCAUGAGCGAAUCGACCAUGAUCACAGAUGAAAAGGACGAAACGGCAAAGAUCAACCUCGAUGAAGACGAUACUACCGACGUCGACCCCAACAUGCACUAUGGUCCGGCUCCAGAAAAGCAAAGUCGUCGAGGAGUUCGAGAGGCCCAGAUGUCCAAGAAGGAAGUCCAGCUGAUCAACGGUGAACUGAUCUUGGAAUGUAAAAUUCCCACAAUUUUGCACAGUUUCUUACCUCGUCGGGACGACCGAGAGUUCACGCACAUGCGCUAUACAGCCGUUACGUGCGAUCCAGACGACUUCACUCAGAGGGGCUAUAAACUACGCCAACAGAUUGGAAGUACCAUGCGCGAGACCGAAUUAUUCAUCUGUGUGACUAUGUACAAUGAGGAUGAAAUUCACUUCACCCGUACCAUGCAUGGUAUUAUGCGAAACAUUAGCCACUUCUGCUCAAGAUCCAAAUCGCGAACAUGGGGUAAAGACGGAUGGAAGAAAAUUGUGGUUUGUAUCAUUGCAGAUGGCCGCAAGAAGGUGCAUCCUAGGACUCUCAACGCACUAGCAGCAUUGGGAGUCUAUCAAGAAGGCAUCGCCAAGAAUAUUGUCAACCAGAAGCAGGUCACGGCCCAUGUGUACGAAUACACCACUCAGGUGUCUUUGGACUCAGAUCUGAAGUUCAAGGGAGCUGAGAAGAGCAUCAUGCCCUGUCAAGUGAUCUUCUGUCUCAAAGAACACAACCAGAAGAAAUUGAACUCGCACCGUUGGUUCUUCAAUGCCUUUGGGCGCGCUCUGCAACCGAACAUUUGCAUCCUUCUGGACGUUGGUACUAAACCCGAGCCCACUGCGUUAUACCAUCUGUGGAAGGCGUUUGACCAAGACUCGAAUGUUGCCGGAGCGGCUGGUGAGAUCAAGGCCGGCAAGGGCAAGAACAUGAUGGGUUUGUUGAAUCCGCUUGUCGCAAGUCAGAACUUUGAGUAUAAAAUGUCCAACAUUUUGGACAAACCCUUGGAAUCGGUGUUUGGGUACAUCACUGUGCUUCCCGGUGCUCUCAGUGCGUAUCGUUUCUUUGCUCUGCAAAACGAUGCCGAUGGCAACGGGCCGCUUAAUCAGUAUUUCAAGGGUGAAACGCUGCAUGGCAAGGAUGCCGAUGUCUUCACGGCGAAUAUGUACCUGGCAGAAGAUCGUAUCCUCUGCUGGGAAUUGGUAGCCAAGAGGGAAGAGAGAUGGGUUCUGAAAUUUGUCAAAAGCGCUGUCGGUGAAACUGACGUUCCAGACUCUAUACCCGAGUUUAUUUCUCAGCGAAGACGUUGGCUGAACGGUGCUUUCUUUGCGGCCGUGUAUUCCCUCGUCAACGGUAAACAGCUUUGGAAAACCGACCACUCUCUCCCACGGAAGAUUCUUCUUCAGAUCGAGGCGGUCUAUCAAUUUUUGAACCUGCUCUUUACUUACUUUGGACUGGCGAACUUCUACCUGGCUUUCUUUUUCAUUGCAGGAUCUCUAUCAGACGAUAAGAUUGACCCAUUCGGACACAACGUUGGGAAAUACAUCUUCAUUGUCCUGCGGUACGCCUGCAUCCUGGUCAUGUGCUUGCAAUUCAUCAUUUCGAUGGGUAAUCGACCACAGGGAGCAAAGAAGCUUUACUUGUCGGGUAUCAUUGUCUAUAGUAUAAUCAUGGUCUACACUGCAUUCUGCGCUCUCUACCUGGUCGUUCUAGAGCUCAUGUCGAAGGUUGGAGUGGGCAAGAAAGAUCUUGGUGUCAGUGAUUCCCUCUUCGUCAAUAUUGUGGUAUCCCUGCUCUCGACCGUUGGCCUCUACUUCUACUCUUCGUUCCUUUAUUUGGAUCCAUGGCAUAUGUUCACGUCUUCGGCGCAAUACUUUGCGCUCCUGCCAAGCUACAUUUGCACUCUGCAGGUCUACGCAUUCUGUAACACGCACGAUGUGACUUGGGGUACCAAGGGUGACAACACCAUCAACACCGAUCUGGGCGCAGCACGUAUCAUUAACGGAACGACCGUCGAGGUGGAGAUGCCCUCAGAGCAACUUGACAUCGACAGUGGCUACGACGCCGCCCUGCGCAACCUCCGCGACCGUCUCGAAGUCCCUGAACCCCCGGUAUCCGAGAGCCAGCAGCAAGAAGACUAUUACCGCGCCGUGCGUACAUACAUGGUGUCCAUCUGGAUGGUUGCCAAUGUCAUCCUCGCCAUGGCCGUCUCCGAGAUCUAUGGCGUCGACGCGGGUGGAACAAACGUCUAUCUGGCCAUCAUUUUGUGGUCUGUGGCUGUGUUGGCACUGAUCCGUGCCGUCGGGUCCACGACUUACGCCAUCUUGUUGGUGGUUCAGAAGAUCGUCGAGGGCAAGACCAAGUUCGAUGCAGGCAAUAUUGCGAAUGCCAACAGUGCUACUUCGAGUUAUGUGACGAGUAGUUCGACACUGCGGUAUGGUGGUGGGACUAGCUUCAAGGACAAGGUGACUGAAGCUGGUUGGACCAUUAAGAGGACGGCAGGCAAGGCUAUGUUCUGGAGGAAGUAA